AUGUCUCCGAGCAACACCAUCCUCCGGGCAAUGCUGCCCCCCCGAUCUUCCAUGACCGGCUUGAGGACCAAGUCCUCUUCUACGGCAACCCUUCUCCCUCAAUUAGCACGGACAAAAUUGAUGAUUUCCGGCUCUCAACGAGCAGCUUCCACCUCCGCCGAAAAUCAACAACGAUCGCAACAGCAAAUACCAACCCCUCCUUCGACACCCACACCCACAACCGCAGCAGAAACCAAAGCCGCACCUCCCUCCCUCCGCAGUUACCCCUACACUCUCAAAGUCGGCACCGUAUCCUCCGUCGGCAAGAUGGACCGCACUGUUCGCGUCGCCCACCGUCACACCUUCUGGGACAAGCACCUUCGCAAGACCUACCCGCAAGUCACCAACUACCUUGUCUCGGACCCGCACAACUCCCUGCGCGAGGGCGACGUGAUUGAGUUCUCUUCUGGGUUCCCAAAGAGCCGCACAGUGCACCAUGUUGUUGAGCGGAUCAUUGCGCCGUUCGGGAGUGCGAUUGAGGAGCGGCCGCCGGUGAUGUCGCGGGAGGAACGCGAGGCGGUCCGUGAGCAAAAGAGGGCUGCUAAGUGGGAGCGGAGGGAGCAGAGACGGUUGGAGAGUGGUAAUGAGGAUUCGGGGGUGAAGGAGCAUGUUGGUAGGAUCCGGGGGUUGAUUCUGGAGAGGGAAGCGUAUAGGUGA